AUGGAAGUCGAUAUAAGAUCUGGUGCUACACAACAUACUGAGUCCCUCAUGUUAAGAAAUAAAUCUCAUCUGAAGACUCACGGUGGAAACUUGACAAGUCUGAUAAAGUUGGGCAGAAGGCUAAAAACCAUAAAGAGACAAACCUUUAAGAAGAGAUAUGGUAACCUGUUGAGUCUGAUGGAGGUAGAAGUGUCGUCGCCUGCUGUCACAGCCUUCGCACAGUAUUAUGAUUCCCCGCUAAGAUGCUUCACCUUUCAAGAUUUUCAGCUAGCACCAACUAUAGAGGAGUUUGAGCACAUUCUGGGAAUGCCACUUGAGGAUACCACGCCAUAUCAGCAUUUGGAACAUCAUGCCUCUAUCGCGACUAUUGCUGCCAUAAUGAAACUACAUCCCAAAGAACUUGAAGACAGGUUGGUAACAAGGAAUCAAGUACGUGGACUGACACAAGGAUUUUUGGAGCAGCACUUGCAUUAUCUAGCAGAGGGGGAAGAUUGGGAGACUUUCAUGGACGUGUUAGCUCUUACCGUGUAUGGCAUCGUGUUGUUUCCUAAAGUAGAGGGCUUUGUGGAUUAUACCGCUAUUGAUGUUUUCGUGGCAAAAAAGACGAGAUCCGAGAAUCCCGUAACAACGGUCCUUGCGGAUGUUUAUGGGACCAUGAGUUUUUGCCACGAGAGAAAAGGGAAGAAAAUACUUUGCUGUCUAUCGGCGUUGUAUGUGUGGAUGACUGCGCGUCUGUGUAAGCGGUCGGGUGAUAUCAGGCGUCCGACGGAAGAUCCUUCACACCAGGGGCUCAAAGACAAAGGAGGGAAUGAAUGGGCCCAAUUCUUUGCCAGUUUGAAUGGAGGAAAAGUAAGAUGGCGUCUCCCUUGGCUUGAAACUAAGCCCUCUAUCCAUUAUUGUAGCCCAUUUUCCAAUGUACCCCUCAUAGGUACCCGAUAUUGCAUAAAUUAUAACCCUAUUUUGGUUCAAAGGCAAUUCGGACGUCCCAUGAAAGGGGCACCCUCGCCGGAAUACCUUACAACGUUGUUCAUCUAUUAUGAGGAUGGGCACUUCACUGAAAUAUUGAGGAAAGUCAGAAGUGCUUGGGAAAAUGUUAUGCGAGCAGAAAAGGAUUUAAGAUUGGGGGUGAUGGACGACAAAAUUAAUUAUCACACCUGGAUUUGGGAAAGGGUAAAGGAAGUCAAAUUGCCUUUCAAACCGAUCGUUCAUCAGCUAGCUAACGAAGGGCCAUCCCAAGAACUAGAAAGUGAUGAGGUGAAGCAAUUGAAGAUAGAGAUGAAAAAACUGAGGGAGCAGAAUGAUAGGUUAGGAAAAGAAUUGCAGACUGUGCGCAAUGAUUUGGUUGAUACGAGGAAUGAUAAAGAAGAAAAAGCACAGGCCUAUGAAGAAAUUGUCCAAAGUCAAAAGGCUGAAAGAGUUUAUGCAUUCCAAUUGAAACAGGACCUCUUAACCGCAAGCGAAGAACUGGCCAUGAGAGUGGAGGAAAAGAACUCAGCAUUAGAAGAAGGAAAACAAUGGAAGCUCCUCUACGAAGAGGCUAAAAGAGAUAAACGAGAGGCUCUGAAGAGACUAAGAGAAGCGCAGGUUCAAGUAGAAAAGGCGGGACAUGAGAUGAAGGAAAUGGCCUUGUCUUUUGAGACAGAUAUGAACCAAGAGCGUUGGAAGCUGGUAGAGGCCGAAGAAGAGCAUCGCUCCAUGAUAAAAAAAAAUGGAGGAGUACAUUGA